UGCUCAUCUCAUUCUAUAAAUCCCUUUGUUACAGCAAUCUACAACCCUGUCAAAGUUGCAGUCUUUAUGCACUAAGCUUAGUAAAGUUAAUGCCUUUCGAGUCCAUUAAUAAUCUUCUCAAAGGGAAAAGGAGAGAUCUAUACAUUCUAAUCAUUUGGGGGGGUCAGGAACAGUCACGUUCACAUCUGUGCCUUAAGGUGUAGUUCAGCAAUCUUCAUCUGGGGGGCACUAAUUUGGUGACCCUUUGAAUAUAUAGCCAAAAGGGUAUCUUUGGAUCUCCCAAAUCUGUUGAUUUCAUCUGGUGUUUCUGUGGCAAAACGUGUACAUGAUAUACAGAAGCAUGGUGUCUGGGAAUGGUUUGUUUUAUCCCAUUUUCGGCUUUGCAUCGCUCGUGUUUUUCAUUUACAUGUCUUUUGGAGACAUAAGGUUCGGUUUUGAGGAAGAACAAGAGUUAGCUUUUGUGGAGAGAAAUGGGACUCAGUUUGUGUUGGAUGGGAAAGCGUUCUACAUUAAUGGGUGGAACUCUUACUGGUUUAUGGUUCAAUCUGUGGAUGAUUAUUCCAGGCCUAGGGUUCAUGAAAUGCUGAAAGCUGGGGCUAAGAUGGGUCUCACUGUUUGUAGAACUUGGGCAUUCAAUGAUGGUGACUACAAUGCCCUUCAGACUUCCCCUGGUGUGUUCAAUGAACAAGCUUUCAAGGCCUUGGACUACGUUAUAGCAGAAGCAAGGAAGCAUGGAAUUAGGCUGCUCCUUAGCUUAGUAAAUAACUUGCCAGCAUAUGGUGGGAAGACUCAGUAUGUCGAAUGGGCAUGGCAAGAAGGGGUAGGGUUAAGCUCAUCUAAUGAUUCUUUCUUCUUUGAUCCUUCAAUCCGAAGCUAUUUCAAGUAUUACGUCAAGACUAUUCUAACAAGGAAGAAUACUAUUACUGGAAUUGAAUAUAGAAAUGACCCCAUCAUUUUGGGUUGGGAAUUGAUUAAUGAACCUCGCUGCAUGACUGAUCCUUCUGGCGAUACUCUCCAAGAUUGGAUAGAGGAAAUGUCAGCUUUUGUGAAAUUGAUUGACAAGAACCAUCUGGUGACUGUUGGGCUUGAAGGAUUUUAUGGUCCUAAUGACCCAAAAAGGUUGACCGUCAACCCUGAGUUGUGGGCAUCCAGACUUGGAUCUGAUUUUAUUAGGAACUCCAAAAUCUCAAAUAUUGACUUCACUUCUGUUCAUAUCUACCCAGAUCAUUGGUUUCAUGAGCAAGAAGUUGAAGACUAUAUAAAAUUUGUCUCCAAGUGGAUGCUUUCUCAUAUUGAAGAUGGUGACAUGGUAUUGAAGAAGCCCGUCUUGUUCUCUGAGUAUGGAUUAUCAUCCACAAUCAAGAACUUUUCAUUGUCUGAUAGAGAAAAGAUGUAUAAAACAAUUUUAGACAUAACCUACAAAUCUGCCAAGAGAAACAGGUCUGGAGCAGGUGCUUUAGUUUGGCAAUUCUUAGUUGGAGGAAUGAAGGAGUUUAUUGAUGAUUUUGGGAUGGUCCCAUGGGAAAGGUCAUCAAUGUAUUCACUAUUUAUUGAACAAUCAUGCAGAUUAGCCAAGGUCAAGGGAUGGACACAACAUGACACAAGUUUCAAAGAAUUUUGUUAACAAAAAUUAUGGAAUCAAAGCUCAUGAUUGGGUGUGGUUUAAGAUUGCUGAUGGUUGCAUGGCUGGUUUUGUACAAUAUCCUCCUAUUUUCUUUACCAAUGCUACAGUUGGGUGGUUAAUGGGGUAUAUAGUGUUGUAGCAUAGAUUACAUAUUUUAUGAACACUUUUUUUUUUUUUUUUUUAAAGCUUGUAAUCAACAUAGACAAAAUCUUCAAGGAAGUCUUUUGAGAAGUGAAGGAAAAGUUUUUGAAGUUAUAUAACUAAUAUCAU